AUGGAAAAAUCCGCUUCGGAGCCGAGGGUUUACAAAAAGCGAUGGGCGAUUUUGGUGAUGUUUAUCUUGCUCAGCGCUUCCAAUGGUGCCCAAUGGAUCAUGUACUCCGUCAUAGCUCAAAUUGUUGCCGACUUCUAUGGUGUCAGUUUUACGGCUGUUGACUGGACAAGCAUGAUCUACAUGGCCACCUAUAUAGUGCUGUUCAUUCCAGCUGCCUACGUGCUAGAUAAGUAUGGUCUACGAGUGUCGCUUCUGCUUGGUGCAACCGGAAAUGCGUUGGGUUCGUGGCUUCGAAUGUUCUCGACGAACCCAGACGGUUUCUGGAUCACUUUCGUGGGUCAGACCAUCGUCGGUGCAUCGCAGAUGUUCACUCUUGGUAUUCCACCUCGAUUGGCAGCCGUAUGGUUUGGACCCAAUGAAGUGUCCACAGCUUGUGCAGCGGGUGUGUUCGGGAAUCAGUUGGGUAUCGCUGUUGGUUUCCUGGUACCGCCGAUAAUCGUCAGAAAUGGCACUCAAGAAGAAGUCUCCUCUAGACUCACCCAUCUCUUUCUUUACUCAGCUUUACUGAACACCGUUAUCUUCGCUCUGAUCCUCUGCUUCUUUUCGGCACGACCACCAACUCCACCAAGUCUUGCUCAGAUCACUGCCCAAGAAGAGAAAACUCUUGAUGGCAACUUCUGGCGAACGCUCAAGAAACUCUGUCUGAGCAAAGAUUUCGCGUUGUUGUUCGUUACAUAUGGAAUCAAUACCGGCGUAUUUUAUGCCGUUUCGACGUUGCUGGCUCAGAUGGUGUUGCCAUUCUAUCCGGAAGAAUCAGUGGCAAUUGGUCAGAUCGGUGUUGUCAUUGUCGUUUCGGGCAUGCUCGGCUCCGUUGCCGGCGGCUUCUUACUUGAUAGAUUCAAAAAAUUCAAACUAACCACUCUGCUCGACUAUUUUUUAUCUUUUCUCGCCAUGCUCACCUUCACAUUCACUUUGGACCUCGGUUAUUUGGCUAUCGUGUUCAUAAACUCAGCUGUUCUUGGGUUCUUCAUGACUGGGUAUCUUCCGAUUGGCUUCGAAUUUGCUGCUGAAAUCACAUUCCCUGCUGCCGAAGGCACGACGAGCAAUCUGCUUAAUGCGAGUGCUCAGGUUUUCGGCAUUCUCCUCACAAUGGCAAUGGGUAAAGUGAUGCAUAGUGUUAAUACGCUCUCUAGUAACAUCAUUAUGAGCUUGGCAUUGCUUGUUGGCACGAUCCUCACAGGUAGGAAAUCGCUUUUCAUCAGAAAACAUUCUGGGUAA